CUAACAGCGUCACACAGAAGAUUUCAAAUAUUUUCAAAUUUUGAAACGAGAGAGAGAGAGAGAAAACAGAGGAAAAAUGGCAUCAACAACGAGAGGAAAAGGCGGUGAUGUGAAGGGUUUCUACAGGCAGACGAAGAAGAGCGGUGGCAUCACUAAGCCCAGAGGCAAAGCUUCUUCCUCUUCCAAAGGAUCAUCAAAAGCAUCUCCAAACCAAUCGGCCACUUUCGGCUCAGACAUUGCCCAACCACCAACCCUAAUCUCACACGGUUCUCUCGAUCUCAAUGAUGAAUACGAUGCGAAGGAGGAAGUGUUGAGGCAAUUCGACAUGAACAUGGCGUACGGGCCGUGCUGUGGGAUGAGCAGAUUGGGGCGUUGGGAGCGUGCACAGCGUAUGGGUCUUAACCCACCCAAAGACAUCGAGAGCCUUCUCAAUGGACCCAAGGUUAGCCAAGACUGUCUCUGGGAGGGUCGAGUUUAAUACUACUAAUUUAGUAAUUAGCUAUCAAUUUCAGGUUUUGGUUUUGUGUAUUACGCCUAUCCUGUGCGCUAUGCUUUUUAGUCUUAAAUUAGUUUUUGUGGUUGAUGUUGAUGGAUUCAGCUUCUAGCUGGGUUGUGUACUGUUAGUUUGCUAUCAAUUUGUACUUAUCAAUUAAUUGAGAACUUGUCAAUUAAUUGAGAACCAUUAGUUGUGACUGUGUUUCCUCAUCGUUUAGUUUGUGACUGUGUUUUUUUUUUUUUUUUUUUUGUU